AACUGGAAGAGAAGGAAAACAUUCAGGCUUUGUUUACAGAUGGAUUGGUGGGCAAGUUGGUACUAACUAGAAGGAGAAUACAGUGGCACAAAAGCCUCAUACAUGGAUGGCCAUAAAGAGGAAAAAAAGAAGAAAGAAAAAGUGCUGAAAGACAAUUCUCAUAGUGGACAGUGGUUGUUAACUUUGUGGAGAAAGAGAUGUUGUCUAAGGCUGAAUGAGUAAUUCUAAGUGGAAAAGAGGCAAGGGAAUUGCUGAGAGUGAGGACACCAGAGUCCAAGGAGAUGUUGGUAUAAAGAAGAAAAAAGGCACCUGUCAAGAGCUCUCAUCCCCUACUUCAGACUUGGACCCCAGGUCACCACCUGAGAAGAGUCACCACUGCAAAAGGAAUAUGGCGAACAGAUGCCCAUGAGCCUCAGUGACCAUGUCCUCACAACUGGAGAGUGACAUUCAGGACGCAGAAGACUCUGGUUCAAAGAACACAUAUAAAUGGAAGAACAAGCCAGGCAAGAAGGGUUAAAUGAGAGCCUGGGACUCCAGAUAAUGUGUUUGUCUGAAUUUCCACUAUACCCUGGAUAGGAGUAUUUGUUUUGAGCAAACCUACACCUAUUAUCAAGAGACUCAAAGGCUCCAUCAGCUGAGAUGAAAUAGUGAAAAGGUGCCUAGUAAGGAUCAGAGAGUAGAUUACCUUCACAAUGGAGAACAAAUUAACCAUCCUGUGAUGCUGGCCUCAGGAACAACUCUUUGCAUCCUGUGUCCUUCAUCCUACUUGGGAUCCCAGGACUUGAGAAUUACCAGUUUUGGAUUGCCUUCCCCCUCUGUGCCAUGUAUCUUGUGGCUGUAGUUGGCAAUACCAUUGUCCUUCAUGUAGUCCGAACUGACCACACUCUGCAUGAGCCCAUGUACCUGUUCCUAGCCAUGCUGGCUGUCACUGACCUGGCCCUGUCCUCUUCCACCCAACCUAAAAUGCUGGCUAUACUCUGGUUUCAUGCUCAUGAGAUUGAGUACCAUGCCUGCCUCAUCCAGGUGUUCUUCAUCCAUGCCUUUUCUUCUGUGGAGUCUGGGUUGCUCAUGGCUAUGGCCUUGGACCGUUAUGUGGCUAUCUGCUUCCCACUGCACCACUCUACUGUCCUGACCCCAGCUGUGGUGGGUAAAUUGGGGGCAGCUGUGAUGAUGAGAGGGUUGCUGUGGGUGAGUCCCUUCUGCUUCAUGGUGUCCAGGAUGCCCUUCUGCACCAACCAUGUCAUUCCCCAGUCAUACUGUGAGUACAUGGCUGUGCUAAAGCUGGUGUGUGCAGAUACUAGAGUCAACCAUGCAUAUGGGCUCUUUGCGGCCUUCUCUGUGAUUGGCUUUGACAUAAUUGUCAUUAGUAUAUCUUAUGUGAUGAUUUCGAGAACUGUUCUGAGGUUGCCCUCUGAGGAAGCCUGGCUCAAGGCUUUUGGCACGUGUGCUUCCCAUAUCUGUGUCAUCUUGGCUUUUUAUAUCCCAGCCCUCUUUACCUUCCUCACCCACCGCUUUGGACAUCAUGUGCCCCGAGUGGUACAUGUCAUGUUCGCUAAUCUCUACCUCCUGGUACCUCCCAUGCUCAACCCCAUCAUCUAUGGAGUUAGAACCAAGCAGAUCAGGGACAGGGUUAUUCAAGGAUGUUGUGGGAAAGAUCCCUGAGCCAAACGUCACGGCAGCAACCAACCCCACGGCACAACCAACCCCACUACCCCACUGGUCUGGGAUCUUCACAUAUUAGCACAAAGUCAUCUCUGGGAGAAAAAUGGAUAAACAAGAUGCGGUACAUAUAUACAAUGGAAUA